GGUGCCCAGGACCUUACCUUAGCCUCCGGGCAGUGGGCGGGACAGGUCUUGGGGAGGGGCUGGCGGGUGGACCUGCUGCGCUGGGCAGGAGUUUUGGUCCCCAGCCCCUAGCCACGGCAUGGGGUGUCCCGCGGGGCCCUCAGCCUUCCUCCACGUCCCAUUGGUCCUCCUCUGCCUGCUCCCGCUGCUCCAAGCUGCCAGGCCAAGCCAGGUGCCCAGAGACCAGCCCCGGGUACUUCUGCAGCAGUACUGCCAUGCAACUACAGCUGUGACCCUGGCCAACCUCUCAGGUCCCUACUCCUACUGCAACACGACUUUGGACCAGAUCGGGACGUGCUGGCCCCAGAGCGCGGCUGGAGCCCUCGUGGAGAGACCGUGCCCGGAGUACUUCAACGGCAUCAAGUACAACACGACCCGGAAUGCCUACCGAGAAUGCUUGGAGAAUGGGACAUGGGCCUCAAGAAUCAACUACUCACAAUGUGAGCCCAUUUUGGAUGACAAGCAGAGGAAGUAUGACCUGCACUACCGCAUUGCCCUUGUUGUCAACUACCUUGGCCACUGUGUUUCUGUGGUGGCCCUGGUGGCCGCCUUCCUGCUUUUCCUGGUGCUGCGGAGCAUCCGCUGCCUGCGGAACGUGAUCCACUGGAACCUCAUCAGCACCUUCAUCCUGAGAAAUGCCAUGUGGUUCCUGCUGCAGCUCAUUGACCACGAAGUGCACGAGAGCAAUGAGGUCUGGUGCCGCUGCAUCACUACCAUCUUCAAUUACUUCGUGGUCACCAACUUCUUCUGGAUGCUCGUGGAGGGCUGCUACCUGCAUACAGCCAUCGUCAUGACCUAUUCCACCGAGCGCCUGCGCAAAUGGCUCUUCCUCUUCAUUGGAUGGUGCGUCCCCUGCCCCAUCAUCAUCGCCUGGGCCAUUGGAAAACUGUACUACGAGAAUGAACAGUGCUGGUUUGGCAAGGAGCCUGGUGACCUGGUGGACUACAUCUAUCAGGGCCCGAUCAUCCUUGUGCUCUUGAUCAAUUUUGUAUUUCUGUUCAACAUUGUCAGGAUCCUAAUGACAAAAUUGCGAGCAUCCACCACAUCAGAGACGAUUCAGUACAGGAAGGCGGUGAAAGCCACCCUGGUGCUACUGCCCCUGCUGGGCAUCACCUACAUGCUCUUCUUUAUCAACCCUGGUGAGGAUGACCUGUCACAGAUCGUGUUUAUCUACUUCAACUCCUUCCUGCAGUCCUUCCAGGGUUUUUUUGUGUCUGUCUUCUAUUGCUUCUUCAAUGGAGAGGUACGCUCAGCUGUGAAGAAACGGUGGCACCGCUGGCAGGACCAUCACUCCCUCAGAGUGCCUGUGGCCCGGGCCAUGUCCAUCCCCACGUCACCCACCAGGCUCAGCUUCCACAGCAUCAAACAGACUGCUGCUGUGUGACCCCUCUGUCAUCCACCUGCCCCCACUCCUCCACUAUCCAGGUAGUUUCAUCUCCACCAUCUUCCCCUGGGUCCUCCUUUCUACAAAGGCCCUGGGGACUCAGAGAGGAAGGGAAGCCUGGCAGGAAAGGGGGUGCAGCCGUGAAAGGGGCUCCAUGGGACCAGGGUCUGCUGCAGCCACAAGGCUCCAUGCAAGAGGAGCAGAGGGACAUCACAGGAGCCCCCAAGAAGAGCAGAUUGGAUGUCUACAGUCAUUUGCCCACCCCAGCCUCUCUUGCUGGAUCCUCACGGUAGCCCCCAUUCACAGAUAAAGAUACUGAGACCCAAAGCAGGAAAGGUCCUGCUCAAAUCACACAGCUGGUUGUCCCACCCACAGUGCCAGCAGCCAGGUGAUAGACUUGGCUCCUGCCUUCCACCACCACACUCAACAGCGCCCUCUGCAGUUGGAGGAGUCAAGGAUAAAUGCAGCUGGACUCAUCUCAGGGGCUGUCAGCUAGAGAAGAUUCCCUCCUUUGUCCCAUGUCCCUGACCAGACUGUCCCUCUCUAUGGAGGGAGGGGAGGCCCUGUUGCCCUCCUGCCCCUGAGGCUCCUGGAGGUUGCUGCCUCCUGAGAAACCUCCUGGUGCUCAGACUGAGGGCUUGGAGGUGCAGAACGGGGGGAAGAGACAGCCAGCACAGCCACAC